AUGAGAUAUCAAGUAUACUCCUUCGUCUACAAUGCCAUCCUCAACUGUGCCAGGCCAACACUAUCCAUCAACAUCUUCCCACGAAAGGUCCUCGUCACGGACCCUUCCAUGGAAAGCGUUCUAUCAAGACACACUUCGGAGACCAGUCUUGCCAAUGUCAUCUUCCUCAUUGGCCGCCGGGUGUUUGACUUGAGCGACGCAACCAUCAAUGCCAUUGGAUCUUAUGAUCCUCGUCCGGUCCAUGUGGGCGAAUUCUCCUCUGCAAGCAACGCCAGGGCCCUCGUCGCUCAGGUAUCAAAUGCUGCGAACCAGCGGCUGCAGAGCCAGCCUGACGUUCAAGAGACCGAGCUUGGACCCUGGCUCUUCAAACUCACCAGUUCAUCUGUGGCGAGUGCCCUUUGGGGACCAGAGAGCCCCUUUGUUGUGGACGACGAGUUCCAAACAGCCUUCAUGGAAAUCAGCGGUUCACAAAUGACUCUCCUGAGACCCUUUUCGAAGUACACUGCCCAGGCAGCCCACAAGGCCAGAGCUCUCAUCAUCAGCAAGCUCAAGUCCUUUCACUUCAACAACAGAGACUCUAGACUUCGACAAAUCGCCCAUCGAAUCAACGCCGUUGCCCUGUCUGAUACCGAGUGGGAAUCCAACAAGGACUACUUCAACGUCGAGCUGCUUACAUCACUUGGCCUUUUGGUCACCCCAAGCAGCAUGGCUGUCUGGAUGAUCCGCCAUCUGCUGAUGCGUCCUGAUCUUCUUGAGAGAGUCGUCAAGGAGGCACGAAACCCAGACAUUCUUGAUGCCGAGGGCAGAAUUGAUGUUGCGCGCAUUCGAGAGUCCUUCCCCUUUUUGGCAGCCUGCUUGUACGAGACGCUGCGACUGCACAUGACGGCAAUUCCACGCCUGGCAAAGACCGAUCUUGACAUCGCGGUGCCAAACUCACAGCCCAUCCAUCUCAAGUCGGGAGAUCUCAUCUACCUUGCCAUGUCUUCGUUCAACAAGGACACCGCAACAUGGGGCUCUGAUGCCGGCACCUUCUCCCCCGACAAGUUCCUUACAAACUCCGGCAGCCUCUCGGCUUCCAUGGUCCGAAAGCUGCGCGUCUUUGGCGUGGCAGGCAACUUGUGCCCCGGAAGAAAAGUUGGCUUCGAGACCAUCCUGUUUGUGGUUGCCAAUGUGCUGCGAGACUUUGACAUUGAGAACCCCCGAGGAGAGGACGUGACCUAUCCAGAGCCCAGGACCGAGGAUGGCUUCGGCAUCGGCUUUGAGCGGUGCGCCAACGAAAUCACAGUGAGACUCAGGAGGGUAUAG